AUGUCUCACUCAUCCUUAUCAUGGUUAUGCAACUUGAAUGUUGAGCAAACCCCUCACAAAUACUUGAGAAGAUCCUCAAUCAUUGGUACCAUUGGUCCCAAAACCAACAGUGUUGAAGCCUUGGUCAAAUUGAGAAAAGCUGGUUUAAAUAUUGCUAGAAUGAACUUCUCCCAUGGUUCGUAUGAUUACCAUCAAUCUGUUAUUGACAAUUGCUUAAAGUCGGAAGAAGUAUAUAAAGGAAGACCAUUGGCUAUUGCCUUGGAUACCAAAGGUCCAGAAAUCAGAACUGGUACCACCGUUGAUGGCAAAGAUUACCCAAUUCCACCAGGACACGAUAUGAUUUUCACUACCGAUGACGCCUACAAGUUGAAGUCAAACGACGAAAUUAUGUAUAUUGACUAUAAAAACAUCACCAAAGUGAUCUCUCCCGGUAAGAUCAUUUACGUCGAUGACGGUGUUUUGUCAUUCGAAGUUUUGGAAGUUGUCGACGAGCUGACUUUGAAGGUUAGAUCUAUCAACUCGGGUAAUAUCUGCUCCCAUAAGGGUGUCAAUUUACCAGGUACCGAUGUUGAUUUGCCAGCAUUGUCCGAAAAGGAUAUUUCUGAUAUCCAAUUUGGUGUUAGAAACAAGGUACAUAUGAUUUUUGCCUCAUUCAUUAGAUCUGGUGAUGACAUCAGACACAUUAGAAAAGUUCUUGGUGAAGAAGGUAAAGACAUUCAAAUCAUUGCCAAGAUUGAAAACCAGCAAGGUGUCAACAACUUUGAUGACAUUUUGGAAGCCACCGAUGGUGUCAUGGUUGCUAGAGGAGAUUUGGGUAUUGAAAUUCCAGCCCCACAAGUGUUUGUCGUACAAAAACAAUUGAUUGCCAAAUGUAAUCUUGCUGCCAAGCCAGUCAUCUGUGCCACUCAAAUGUUGGAAUCUAUGACGUAUAACCCAAGACCAACCAGAGCCGAAGUUUCUGAUGUUGGUAAUGCUAUUUUGGAUGGUGCUGAUUGUGUUAUGUUGUCAGGUGAAACCGCUAAAGGUAACUACCCAUACGAAGCUGUCUCAAUGAUGCACAAUACUUGUCUUAUUGCUGAAAAGGCUAUUGCUUACCCUCAAUUGUUCAACGAAUUGAGAUCCUUGGCCAAGAAGCCAACCCCAACUUCCGAAACUUGUGCCGUUGCCGCUGUUUCUGCUUCUUACGAACAAGAUGCUAAAGCUGUCGUUGUCUUGUCCACUUCUGGUCUUUCCGCCAGAUUGGUUUCCAAGUAUAAGCCAGAUGUCCCAAUUUUGAUGGUUACCAGAAACGAAAGAAGUGCCAAGUAUUCCCAUUUGUAUAGAGGUGUCUACCCAUUCGUGUACAAGAAAGAAAAAGCUUCCAACUGGCAAGAAGAUGUUGAAAACAGGUUGAGAUGGGCUGUUUCUGAAGCUGUUGACUUAGGAAUCAUUUCCAAGGGUGACUCGAUUGUCACUGUUCAAGGAUGGACUAAAGGUUCUGGUCACUCCAACACUGUUAGAAUUGUCCAAGCUUAA